CUUGCCAAGCGUCGGUUUAGGACCCACAGCCAUAGCAGCCCGUGGAGGUGUGCUCAAGCUUUGUAAUUCCUGUUGUCUAGAAUCGUUUUUGUGAAAGUUUGAUCAAUAAUGCUUAAGACUUUACUCAAAUUCAAGUAACACUGAGGUUUCAUUUAAGGGAAGAGUAACCAUGGCUACCACAGAGAGCACAGAGACAGGCUCACCAGAGAGUAAAGGAGACCACCGCAGCACAAGAGACCCGAAUGUGAAAUACCCAAUUAAGGUCCUUUACUGUGGAGUGUGCACCUUGCCAACAGAGUACUGUGAGUACAUGCCAGAGCCAGCGAAAUGCAGACAGUGGCUGGAGAAAAACUUUCCAAGUGAGUUUGCAAGGUUGACAACGGACAAUGUCCCUAGGCAGGAGACAAAGGACGGUGACCCCCCUUCUCUUGGAGAAGAGGAGGAGAAGAAGAAGCAGAAGAGAGGCGGACGAGGACAGAUCAAACAGAAGAAGAAGACUGUUCCCCAGAAAGUCUCAAUAGCGAAAAUCCCGCGGGCUAAGAAGAAAUACGUCACGCGAGUUUGCGGCCUAAACACUUUCGACAUAGACCUUAAAGAAGCUCAGAGAUUCUUUGCGCAAAAAUUCUCCUGUGGUGCCUCAGUAACAGCAGACGAUGAGAUCAUCAUUCAGGGUGACUUUACAGACGACAUCAUUGAUGUCAUCCAGGAAAAGUGGCCUGAGGUGGAUGAUGAAAGCAUUGAUGAUCUCGGAGAAGUUAAGAAGUGAAGACUCAACAUGCACUUUUACUGAAAUGGAUGCGAUGUGACACAACAACCUGGCCAAAUGUACACAUUCACAUUAAAAGUCAUUUUAUAUCUAUUUUAUUUACUGUAUAGAGAGUCGGUGGACUUCCUUGGCCACUUCCUUGGCAUUUUUUUUUUGUUUGUUUCAGUUCUCGAUAGCUGCUUUCUCUCUUGGUUGCCAAAGGUCUGCUAUGAUGUAAACAUCUUACACAACUUCGCUCACUUCACUUCACAAACUGUAGGCUAAUAAAUUUUUGCUGUCAGUA